AUGUCUGUGACAGCAAUCAGCGACUGUUGCACCGAAACAAAAGAAAUUCACGAAAAAUAUCUCUCGUUAAUGGAAAAAAUCCAAUCUGCGAAGCGAGAAUUAAAAGUUUACCGUUUCGUCGGAUGCCAAUUCAAGAAAAUCAAGAGCGAAUUACGUCAACGAGGCUUCAUCGAGAAAAGAAAAUUCCGUUUGGGAAGCAUUUACUACCAAAUGCCGCUUUCUUUGUUGCUGACGCAGUACGAGGAGAACUCAAAAAUGGAACAAGCUUUGAUGUCGCGUCUCUUGGGCGACUAUACGUUGGGUCUCGUGUGGAUUUGGAACACCCGGUUGUACGACAAGUUCUCCGAAGUGCCUCUUUUGAACAAAAUCAAGCUCGUUGGCAACAAUUUCGGGGUGAAAAACGGUUUGUGCAAGUGCGUCAAUAAAAUAAAUUGGAAUUUUGACGACAAAACUGCUUCAAUUAAUUAUCCGCGGAGCUACAAUGUCAUCCAAAACGAAGAAAUUGACGAUUUUUUGAUGGAUUACAAGUUAACCUUGGCUUGCAGCAUCGUUAUUUUCCUCCAAACUCGCACAAAUAUCCGAAAUUGGUUCAGCAAGACGAAGGGAACCGUUUAUUACGGGAAUGUAGAGCUCGCCACGAAGAUUGUGAACUUUUUCGCGCUGAAAGCAGAAGGAUUAGCAACAAAUUAUGACGAUUUCGAGCUUACCGAGAAGGGAUUGUUCAAGCUCGAACGUCUCCAUAACAAUUUAGUGGCAAAUAGACAACAAAUUCUGGCAGGUUCGGUUCGCGCCAAAGACCUCAUCGAAAAAAUUCACUUCGCUUACGCCGAAAUUAAGCGUUUUUGGCCUUCUCGCAUCACGAUCGACGGAUUUCACAACAUCUGGUUGCUCAAACCUUCCUUUUGUGGGCAAGGAUGGGGCAUAAUUUUGUCCAAUAGCAUCGAUCGCAUCACAAAACAGAUCGAAAAACGCAAUAAUCGGUACAUUGUGCAGAAAUAUAUCGAACGCCCGUUGCUAAUUUGUCACACAAAGUUCGAUUUGCGCACAUAUUUCAUGAUUUCCAUGGAUGAAAACGGUGCACGUCACAAACACUUCGAUCAAUCGGAAGUUGAAAAAAGAGGCGGAAAACUUCCUGCCCGACAAUCAUAUGUGGAGUAUUGA